CCGUCAUUUUCUUUUUAAGUUUAAAUUCGUCUUCAAUUCCUCGCCGCGUUAUUCCUCCACCUGGCUAUCGGAGAUGCGAUAGCUACCGGCUCUGCGCGCCACCGUGGUUGCCGAAGGCCUCCUUUUUUGAUUCUCCAACACCACCAGGCCGUUACAUAAAUAAAUCAUUUUCUGGUGUGCCAAUGAGCAGAACUGAUGCUAUUGGCAGUAGAAGGAGGAGGAUUCUUCUCUGCUUCAGCUUCAGGUUAUAGUAAGGGCCUAACCCUUCUCCUCUUGGGUCAGAGGAGUGAGGACAAACCCAUGAGAGUUUCACCGUUGAACCAGUACCAGUUGGUAGACAAAGAAACUGACCCUGAGCUCCAGCUGGCUUCUACAAAGAAUCGUCUUCCCCAGAGGUGCGCCUCAUUUGUUUGCUUUGGUCGCACUUCUGGAGGCGUUGACACUAAAUCUCCUCUUAAAGUUGGUCCUGCUCAGCAGCAUGAUGUUUCACAUGGGCUGCCAAUUUCUGACAAGAGAGAGGAUAAGGUUCCUGCUGCUCAUCUUGAUGAUGACACUAAUACAUCAAAGAUUGCUCUUAAAAGUAGCCUGAAGAGGCCACUAAAUAAUAAACCAGUUCCUGCUGAAGUGGCUAAUGAGCAGGACGCACCAGAUGGUGGGAAGGAAAGUGACCCUCCUUGUCCAGUGGAGAGGAGGGUGCAGUGGACAGAUGCUUGUGGGAGCGAGCUGGUUGAGAUUCGAGAAUUUGAACCCAGUGAAGCAGAAGGGUCAGAUGAUGAAAUUGAUAUUGGGAAUGACAGAACUUGUUCAUGUGCAAUAAUGUAAAUCGGCUUUUAAGGAUGCUUUUGGACUCCAUUAAGCAUCAAAAGGAGAGAGAGUUUUCGAAUCUAAACUAGGGGCGUAGAUGGGAAUUUACCUGAAUGUUCUUUCGUGUCUAUAAUUUCUUGCUUUGUCUUUCAAUUCUGUUCCUCUGCUUCACAUUAUUAAUUUGUUGUAUAAAUUUUGUACUCUGUGACUUGUGCUCUUCAAUUCAUCAUCAUUCAUGCAAUUCUAUGA